GAAGAAAGGAAAAGGAGCGAAAGAGUGAGGAAGAAAAAGAAGAGACAGAAGAAGAAACACAAAGAAGAAGAAACAGAAGAAGAAAUCUGAGAGAAUAAAGUGGAUCUGCAGCUGCAGUAACAAUGGCCUGUUUCCGUGGCAACCGGGAGGAUUUUUAUGGAGAAGUCCUCCUAUUGGAUGAGAGGAAGAUCAUGUUAACAGCUGAGCAAGGCAUCAAGAAAUCUUCAAAGGCAGCAGCCAUCUUGCAGCAGGUGUUUUCUCACCUGAAUGUGGCCGAAGUCGAGUUCUUUGGGUUAAGAUUUUGUGAUAACAAACAGCAGACGAACUGGUUGGAUCCUUCAAAAACUCUUUGUCAACAUCGAGACCUCCUCGGACCGCCGUAUAUUUUCUACUUUGGUGUGAAAUUUUAUGCUGAAAAUCCUUCGAAGCUAAAAGAGGAAACCACACGAUAUCAGUUUUACUUGCAGGUUUGUCAGGACAUUAAUCGAGGUCGUCUGCCAUACCCCUCCCACCUCAGACCUCAACUCUCUGCUCUGAUGCUGCAUGUGGAGCAUGGCGACAAUGCUCAGUUUGACUCUGAGGAAAAUCAGGAAAAACGCCCCUACAAAACACUCAGUGCUGUCUCUCGUCCUCAGGCUCAGAGUCUCUUCCUGUCUCUCUGCAGCUCUCUGCCAAUGUUCGGAGUCUCUUUGUUUGCCGCCUAUGGCGAGAACCAAACUGAGUACUUCCUGGGUCCAACUCCAGUGGGUGUGGUCAUCUACAAGAACAAAGUGUUGGUGGGAAAAUAUUUCUGGCAGAGAAUCACCAAACUUCACUUUAAAGAUGAGACUUUUGAGCUCAGAGUUAUUGGAAAAAACGGUUUGGAAACGUCAUUCUUUUUUAAGACUUCAGAUCGAAGUGGCUGCAAACGUCUGUGGAGGUGUUGUGUUGAACACCACACCUUCUUUAGGAUGUCAGAGUCAAAUCCAUUACCACGCACACACAACAGUAUUGCUCGUUUGCCCACUCUGGCUCUUCCUCGGCUGAAUGUCAGCAUGCUGAAAAAUAAAACUACAAACAACAAAAGAACAACAACAACAACAAGAGAUCAUCACACCACUAAGACAGCGAGUAUCACCAGUGAACCAACAACAAUGCAGACAGCGCCACUUGCUGUUCAUAGGUCAGAGGGCGGGGCAGAGCAAAGCUAUGUGAAGCCCAGUGCACCAUGGGAAAACAGUGGUCCUGUGAGUGGCCUUUACAAUCCAAAGUUUCCUCCAAACACCAAAGAAGAAGUAAAAGAAAAAGAUGGAGAAAGACCACAGAGCCGAAGCAGAAGUCUGGAUGGAGAUCGACCAAUCAGACGUCAGAGAAGGAGGAGCAGUGGCAGCGAAUCAGAGAAGACGGCAAGUAAUAGUGAUCGACAAAGAAGAAGAACAAAAAAUCGUGGAUGCCAAUGUGGUGAGAAGCCUGAGUCUACCUCACGGAGCCAAGCCAGAUCACGGAGUCCCGAUGUGCUCACAUGGAAACACAUCCAGAAGCAGUUGGUGGAGCCUGAUGGGUUGUUUGACAGACAAACAGAGGAAAUACCUUACAAGGAAGUGAGAGUCUCAGGGGAAUCAAUAAGAAUACGUGGCUUUUCAAGAGGGCGGCGACAUUGUAGGUGGGCAUCAGCCACAGACCUCCAUUCAAAGACAGAACUCGUACCUCCUCUUCCUGUUACCAAGGCAACUGACACAUCCUGCCAAUUACCCACAAGUCCCUGAGGCAGCCAAUGGCUAAAUAAUUACCCAUAAUUCAUUCUUCAUUUCAUUUACCACCAGCAUCCUAAAUGUACCUCAGUGUGUAUUUACAUGUUGAUGUGGAAAUAUCCAUAAUGAAAUCUGAAUUAAUAUUGAAAUACUGAAGAUGUAUUUAUGUAUUAAAUGCUCAUGUUUGUAAGAUGUUUGUAUAAGAUUAAAUCAACA